UGUACCUGGCUGGGAGCAACAUGACCUAGCAAAACACUUCAGUGUUAAUAAGACAUAAAGUCAUACCAUUUGUCAUCUAGCACAGAGGGCACACAAAUUAUAGAACAGCUUGAUAGGUUGUAUGAGAGUCUGAUUAUUUUGUUUUUGUCGUAGCUACAGAGCAGAUAGCUUUGAAACCUUCCUGUGUUCUACUGGGACAGAAGAAUGUUCAUGUCAUGACGACCUGACUGAAUGUUUAGUUGCGCACUGCACUGACUCAGAAGCCUUAAGUGCUCCUAACCUAUACUCCAAAGCAGCAGAUUCUCCUAAAUCAAAGGAAAGAAAACUCCAUGAAGAAAGUUACUAGCCGAUAUCACAGGUGUAAAUCCUCUGGGAUUGCAAUCAAAAUGUGAAACUUUGGGAUUAACUCACUGGGUGUAAUCAGGAAGCAUAACUUUCUUUAAGAUGGGAAAUUCUUACGCCGGGCAGCUCAAGACAACCAGAUUCGAAGAAGUAUUGCAUAAUUCUAUUGAGGCCUCUCUCCGCUCAAACAACUUAGUCCCCAGACCAAUCUUUUCUCAGUUAUAUUUGGAAGCCGAGCAGCAACUUUCAUCACUAGAAGCAGGCAGCAGAGUGGAUAAUGAGGAAGAAGAGGAGGAGGAGGAAGAAGAAAGUUCAGAAUCAAGUAGCCCUCCUCUCUCUUAUCAGAUGAAGCCUCCUCCUGAAGGCUGCUGCACUACUGAUGGUUUCUGCCAGGCUGGUAAAGACUUGAGGCUGGUAUCCAUUUCCAAUGAUCAAAUUGAGGUGCCUUCGGGUUUUUUACUUGUUGGUGCUAAAUCGCCAAAUCUGCCUGAUCACCUUUUAGUUUGUGCCGUAGAUAAAAGAUUCUUGCCAGAUGACAAUGGGCGUAAUGCCCUGUUAGGUUUCUCUGGCAAUUGUGUUGGCUGUGGCAAGAAGGGCUUCUGCUACUUUACUGAAUUUUCAAAUCACAUCAAUCUUAAACUGACCACUCAACCCAAGAAACAGAAACACUUAAAGUAUUAUCUGGUCAGGAAUGCACAAGGAGUUCUUACCAAAGGAUCUGUAAUCUGCUGGAAAGGGGCAGAGUUCAGAGGCCGACAGGCUUCAUCUGGUCCUUGUUCAAGCACUUUGUUCCAACCUCCAGAGAGUUCUGGUCCCCCGCUAACGACCACAAGUGAGCUUGUUCCAGCACCAAACCCAAAUGCUCCGGCUGGGACUCAACAAACAGGCACAAUAUCUGAUCAUCUCCCAUCGACAGCAGCGUUAGGUUCAACUGUUUACAAUGGCAAAGAUUCUCCCAAACAACAGCUGGUGAAAAAUAACCUGCCAGCUCUGACAAGACCAUCAGUCUUAGGCACUUUAACAAAUUCAGGGCCUCCUAAAAAGCGCCACAAAGGAUGGUCUCCAGAGUCGCCAUCAUCGACUGAAACUUGGAACUUGCAGCCCAACCUGCAGACUCCAAAUAGAAAUAAAAAUGAUGUGGGAGGACUAUCAUGUUUGACACAUUCUACUCUGGUGGGACCAGUCUCUUCUCCAAUGGUGGCCUCUGGAGAACCAGUUUCUGUUCCUGAUAACUUGCUGAAAAUAUGUAAAGCAAAACCAGUUAUAUUUAAAGGUCAUGGGAACUUCCCUUAUCUUUGUGGGAAUCUUAAUGACAUUAUAGUCAGCCCUCUUUUGUACACCUGUUACAGAAAUUCACAGUCCAUAUCUAGGGCUUAUGAACAGUACGGUGCCUCUACAAUACAGCCUAUUUCAGAGGAAAUGCAGCUUUUGCUAACCGUCUAUUACCUUGUUCAACUAGCUCCAGACCAGGUCCCUUUGAUUGAGGAUUUGGAACAAAUAUUCAUGCGCUCGUGGCGGGAGUCGCACCUCUCUGAAAUACGUCAGUAUCAGCAGGCCAUUCCACAGGCUUUCCCUCCAAUUCCCAGCCAGAUUGCACCAAUGACAUCGGCCCAGCUUCCCUGGCUAGCAGGGCUGGCAGCCAGCUCUUGCAAUGACAGCGUCCAUAUCAUCGAGUGCAGUUACUCUCUGGCAGAGGGACUUUCAGAAAUGUUUAAACUGCUCAUUGAAGGGAAGCUAGUGAAGACGAACUAUGUGGUGAUCAUAUGUGCUUGCAGAAACAGAGCAUUAGAUUCCUGCAUUGCGGUAACAGGGAAGUACCAGGCACGAGUACUGUCUGAGAGCAUGCUUACCCCAGCGGAGUAUCAGAAAGAAGUUAACUAUCAACUAGUUACUGGGAAAGUGGAAACAUUGGGCUCUUUUUUUAGCACCCUUUGUCCAGAUGGUGACAUUGAGGUUCUGCUGGACAAGUUUUAUCAAGAAAAUCAAGGCCAGAGGUCUUCAUCUCUUUCUACUUCAGUGAAUAAGCCAACAGCAUUGGAUAUAACUGGAGCAGCUGUGUGCACAAGUUAUAAUGUUGAACGGCAUCAGAUUCGUCCAUUCCAGCUAGCAGUGGCUCAGAAAUUGCUGUCUCAUGUUUGCUCAAUUGCUGACUCCAGCACUCAAAAUCUUGAUUUGGGUUCCUUUGAGAAAGUUGAUUUUCUGAUUUGUGUUCCUCCCUCCGAAGUGACAUAUCAGCAGACACUGUUUCACCUCUGGCAUUCAGGUGUUUUAUUAGAACUUGGCUUAGAAAAGGAGCAGCUUACAAAGCAGAGGAUGGAACAAUAUGUUGUGAAGCUGGAUGCAGAGGCCCAGACUAAAUUUAAAGUCUUUUUGCAAAACUCUAUGCAGAAUCCACAUACGCUGUUUGUACUUAUCCAUGAUCAUGCACACUGGGAUCUGGUGAGCGCUGUUCACAGCCUUUAUCCUCAAGCGGAACCAUCUGUGGGACUCGUUGAUAGAUUGUUGAACUGCAGAGAGGUGAAAGAGGCUCCAAACAUUUUGACACUCCAUGUGACUUCCUUCCCCUAUGCUCUGCAGACACAGCAUACUCACAUCAGCCCAUACAAUGAAAUCCACUGGCCUUCAUCGUACAGCAAUGGAAUAGAUCUAUACCAUGAAAACAAGAAAUAUUUUGGGUUGUCAGAAUUCAUUGAAUCCACCCUUUCUGGACACAGCCUUCCGUUACUUCGAUAUGACAGCUCUUUUGAAGCUAUGGUCAUGGCUUUAGGAAGAAGAUUUCCCAGAUUACACAGUGCAGUGAUAAGGACAUUUGUCCUUGUACAGCAUUACUCUGCAGCUAUGAUGGCAGUAAGUGGCCUGUCACAGAUGAAGAAUUACACCUCAGUUGAAACUCUGGAAAUCACCCAAAACCUUAUAAACUCUUCAAGGCAAUGCCCUAGUGGUCAUGGCUUCAUGGUGGUGUUAAGAAUUCCUUGCAUUCCAUUGGCUGCUGUGGCGUAUGAACGACUUUAUCACGUAAGGGAAAGACUAUCCCUUGCAGAUAAUUUUGAAAUCAUCUUGGGAAAUCCUAAUUCUGGAAUCACCAUAGGGAAGCACUUUGUGGAGCAACUAAAGAUAUGGCAGAAAAUUGAAGAUGCGGAGUGGAGGCCACAGACCUAUUUGGAAUUAGAAGGUCUGCCUUGCAUAUUAAUAUUUAGUGGAAUGGACCCCCAAGGGGAAGCCUUGCCAAGAUCAUUGAGAUAUUGUGACCUACGUUUAAUAAAUUCCUCUUGCUUAGUAAGGACAGCCUUGGAGCAAGAGCUUGGCUUGGCAGCAUACUUUGUUAGCUCAGAAAUCCACAUGGAGAAGGUGGUCGUGAAUGAUGUGUUGGAGAGUGACCCAGAGAAACUGAGCAGUACUGAUAAUGAAGAUGAAGAAAUAGUGACAGAAGGCUCCACUUCAGAAAAGAGAAGUCCUGUCAAAAGAGAGAGAUCACGCUCCCAUGACUCUGCAUCUUCAUCUCUCUCUUCAAAAACUUCAAGUGCAGCAUUCUGCAUUGAAUCAUCUCCUCCUUUAGCAGCACCAGGGGACAUAGCAAAAUCACCCCACCAAGUCCUAAGCAGCACUACUGAAGAGAACGCAAACAACUGCGAAAGGCAAAGGCAGAAAGUAGAAAAGGGGGCGCAAACGGUGAUCAGCAAGCACUUGCCUGCUGCAGCUGAACAGCUGGAUUCAAAACAGAACAUAAAAAGUGCCCAAAUUUCCAUCAACUCAUCGUCAUCACCUUUCUCCUCUUCUUCCUCUUCUUCUGCACCUACUCACAACUCCUUCAUCCUGCAGACGUCUCAGUGCUCCAUGACUAAAGCAUCAAAACAGCCCCCCAUUGUUUUCCUGCCUAAGCUGGUAUAUGACAUUAUUACUUCUACUGACAGCAGCGGACUUCCCAAGUCAUCUUCCCUCUUGCCUUAUCAUUCUGUGAUGUGGGCAAGUUCUUUCCGCCCUGUCAUGAGUAAAAUGAUGACCUGCACGGAGCAGUCUCUAUACUAUCGCCAGUGGACAGUUCCCAAACCAAUCCAUAUGGACUACAAUAAUAGAAAUGAGGGCAGAAUGGACACCUUUCACCCAAGGAGGCUGCUGCUGAGUGGGCCACCUCAGAUAGGAAAAACGGGAGCCUAUCUUCAGUUCCUCAGUAUCUUGUCCAGAAUGCUCAUUAGACUGACGGAAGUGGAUGUUUAUGAUGAGGAAGAAAUCAAUAUUAAACUCCAAGAAGAAUCAGAUCAAUGUUAUCACCAGCCAGGAGACAUGUGGCCUGAUUUGGAGACAUUUAAGAAGAUACCUUUUGACUACACUAUUCAUGAUCCGAAAUAUGAAGAUGCAAGUCUGAUUUGUACAAGGCUUCAAAAUAUGAACAGUGACGACAGAUCAAUGGGCAGAAAACAGGAGGACAUGUAUAUGCGCCGUCAGACAACUCGAAUGAGAUUAUCUAAGUAUGCAGCAUACAAUACAUACCACCACUGUGAACAGUGCCAUCAAUAUAUGGGCUUCAAUCCCAGGUAUCAGCUUUAUGAGUCCACCCUGCAUGCUUUUGCCUUUUCCUAUUCCAUGCUCGGAGAGGAGAUCCAGCUGCAUUUUAUCAUCCCCAAGUCAAAGGAGCACCAUUUUGUCUUUAGUCAACCAGGAAGACAGCUGGAAAGUAUGAGGUUACCGCUUGUCACAGAUAAGAGUCAGGAUUACAUAAAAAGCCCCACUUUUACUCCCACAACUGGGCGUCAUGAACAUGGACUUUUCAACCUGUAUCAUGCAAUGGAUGGUGCCAGCCAUUUGCAUGUUCUAGUUGUCAAGGAGUAUGAAAUGGCCAUAUAUAAAAAAUACUGGCCGAACCACAUCAUGCUAGUGCUGCCGAGUAUUUUCAACAGUGCUGGAGUAGGUGCUGCUCACUUUCUAAUAAAAGAGCUGUCUUAUCACAAUCUGGAACUAGAACGAAAUCGGCAAGAAGAACUGGGGAUUAAACCCCAGGAUAUCUGGCCUUUCAUUGUCAUUUCGGAUGAUUCCUGUGUUAUGUGGAAUGCGGUAGAAAUCGAUUGUUCAGGAGACAGAAAAAGUGAAUAUACAUGGACUGAAAGGAACGUUUCCUUGAAGCAAAUUCUGCAACACGUUGAAGCAACCCCUAAUGUCACUCACUACGCCUUGAUUGGGAUGAGGAAAUGGUCUAGUAAAACAAAUAGUGGUGAGAUCAGGGAACCAUUCUCCUGUUGCCAUGUACAUGACUUCAUCCUGCUGAAUGUGGAUCUGACUCAGAAUGUCCAAUAUAACCAGAACAGAUUUAUGUGCGAUGAUGUUGAUUUCAACCUGCGUGCCCACAGUGCCGGUCUUCUGAUCUGUCGGUUCAAUCGCUUCAGUGUCAUGAAGAAGCAAAUUGCAGUAGGAGGACACAGGUCCUUUCAUAUUAAGUCUAAGGUUUCUGAAACUCCAGUCUCAACCGCACCUGCUCAGUAUAUCUGUGCUCCUGACAGCAAGCACACCUUCUUAGCAGCACCUGCUCAGCUGCUGCUUGAAAAAUAUCUUCAGUACCACAGCCAUCGCUUCUUUCCUCUUUCACUGAAGAAUUAUAGCCAUCCAGUGCUAUCUGUGGACUGUUACCUUAACUUAGGACCACAGAUUGCGGUUUGCUACGUGAGUUCCCGACCUCACUCUUUGAACAUCAGUUGCUCUGGUUUGAUGUUUAGUGGACUCCUGCUUUACCUCUGUGACUCCUUCGUUGUAGCUAGCUUUUUGAAAAAGUUUCACUUCAUGAAAGGUGCUACCUUGUGUGUUAUUUGCCAAGACCGCAAUUCUCUUCGCCAGACUGUUGUCCGGCUAGAACUAGAAGAUGAAUGGCAGUUCCGACUGAGGGACGAAUUCCAAACUGCCAACGCCAAAGAGGACAGACCACUUUUCUUUCUGACUGGACGACAUAUUUGAUAGAAAAUGAGCAGGCUUCCUGAACUGGCUAAUGAGAAGGGCUAGUACAAGAGGCUGAGUUCUCACUGGUCAAAAAAAAAAAAAAAAAAAAGAAGGCAUU